AUGCAUACAUUAGUGUACAUUCUAAACAGAUGUCCCACAAAGGCUUUGAAAAACAUCACACCUUUUGAAGCUUAUUCUGGAAGAAAACUAGGAAUAGCACACCAGAAAGUAUUUGGUUCACUAUGCUAUUUUCAUGUCCCAGUUGAACGCAGACAUAAGCUUGAGCCUAAAAGCUUCAAAGGAGUAUUUGUGGGAUAUGCAACUUGUGAAAAGGAGUAUAGGGUAUUUGAUCCACUAUCCAAGAAACUAUUCUUGUCAAGAGACAUUUUAUUUGAUGAAGAAGCUGCCUGGAAUUGGGAAGAGAACUCAGAGUCAAUAUCCCUCAAUACUAGAAGUUUUAUUCAUGGUGACAUAAGUACAUGA